UCCAGAUUUCCAGUACUAGUGUUCUCUCUGGUUCUUCUCUCUCAACCUACACUUGUUACAUUCUUCAAGCUUUACACAUUUUGGAGCUUCCCCUGUUACAGAACACAGAUUCAGCAACUAAGAGCUAUUCUUAAUUACAAAUUCAGCAACUAAGAGGUUGUAUGCAGUGCUCUUUGCAGGCUUGUCCAGAUGAUAAACACAUCACUCUUAUCAUACAAUGUAUCAAUUUUGCCUAUUCCAAGGAUUAAAAGGUUUAACAAUAUAAAUGUCAAAGCAGUAAAGAUGGAACUGACUCUGACACGCCCUGAUGAUUGGCAUCUUCAUCUCCGUGAUGGAGAUCUUCUUGUCGCGGUUGCUCCAUAUAGUGCAAGACAUUUUGGAAGGGCAAUUGUUAUGCCUAAUCUAAGGCCUCCUAUUACUACUACAGCUGCUGCUGUUGCAUACCGAGAGUCUAUUAUGGAUGUACUUCCUGCUGAUAGCGACUUCAAUCCUCUUAUGACACUGUAUUUAACUGAUAAAACCAGCCCUAAUGAGAUAAAGUUUGCCAGAGAAAGUGAGGUGGUUUAUGCUGUAAAGCUAUACCCUGCUGGCGCAACAACUAAUUCACAGGAUGGUGUCACUGAUCUGUUUGGAAAGUGUUUGCCAGUGCUCCAAGAGAUGGCUGAGCAAAAUAUGCCUCUAUUGGUCCAUGGAGAGGUUACAGAUCCUGACGUAGAUAUAUUUGAUCGUGAAAAAGUUUUUAUCGACACGGUUUUAAGACCUUUAAUUCAGAAACUACCACAAUUAAAAGUUGUAAUGGAGCAUAUCACUACGGCAGAUGCUGUGAAAUUUAUUGAAUCAUGCAAUACAGGGACUGUAGCAGCUACCGUGACUCCACAGCACAUCAUUCUGAAUAGAAACUCCCUCUUCCAAGGAGGGUUGCAACCACAUAACUAUUGUCUUCCGGUGCUCAAAAGAGAAAUCCAUAGGCAGACAAUUCUUUCAGCAGUAACCAGUGGGAGUAAGCAAUAUUUUCUUGGGACUGAUAGUGCUCCUCAUGAGAGGCAAAGGAAAGAGAGUUCCUGUGGGUGUGCUGGAAUCUUUAAUUCCCCUGUUGCUCUAUCGCUAUAUGCCAAAGUUUUUGAAGAGGCAGGUGCCCUUGACAAAUUAGAGGCAUUUACAAGCUUCAAUGGACCUGAUUUCUACGGCCUUCCAAGGAAUACAUCGAAGAUCAAGUUGAAAAAAGAACCAUGGAAAGUCCCAGACCAUAUACCUUUCUCUUCCGGAGAAAUUAUCCCUAUGUUUGCCGGACAAACGCUUGACUGGAAGCCAUCUUUUUAAUACAUCCUUCGAAAACUUCAGGCUUCUGAAUGUGUUUGCACAUUCAUGGGAAAUACUAUGGCCGCUGAAAUCUGAUAUGUAUGGGCAGUCUUGUAAGAGCUCCCUUGCCCCUUACGUGAAAAAUAAGAAAUGACACACAAUAGAGGCUUCUGUUUUAGUCGAUCUUAGGACAAAAAUUACGAAUAACUUUGAAAUUCUGAUUCAUAUCUGUAAUCUGAGAACGGUGUAACCUGAUUUCUGCUACAUUCAUUUGUGAAUGGGUGUUUUUCA